AUGGCGUUCAACUUCUCCAAGGAUAACCUUCCUAAGAAGCUCUUUAUCAACAAUGAAUAUGUCGACUCGAAGAAUCCGAACAAACUCGCCGUCUACGACCCCAAGGAUGGCUCAUUGGUUGCCGACGACGUUCCUCUAGCUGGCGAGGGGGAUGUCGAUGCUGCAGUCCUCGCUGCCGUCAAGGCUCUGCCUCGCUGGAAGAAUACUCCAGCGACACAGAAAAGGGACAUAAUGCUCAAGUUCGCCGACCUUCUAGAGCACCAUGCAGCAGCUCUGACAGAGCUGACAAGAAUCACGCUGGGAUCCCCCAAGGAUAUGGGUAAAGGCGAGUUGAAACUGGGCUCUGAGUCAUUUAGGUAUAAUGCUGGCUGGACCGACAAAUUUACAGGCGAGUCCUUGCCUCAGGAGGAUGGAUUUCUCAAGAUCAUCCGCAAUGAGCCUCUCGGAGUGACGGCAGGCAUCACGCCGUGGAACGGGCCGAUAGCAACCAUGGGGUUCAAAGCAGCCCCGGCGCUCGCCACGGGGAACUGCUUCAUCCUCAAGCCGUCGGAAAAGACGCCGUUUGCCUCGCUCGCCAUCGGGGCCCUCAUCCAAGAGGCCGGCUUUCCACCGGGCGUUUUCCAGGUCCUGAGUGGCGACGGCAGCACGGGCGCCCUGAUCUCCGCGCACAUGCGAAUCCGCAAGGUCAGCUUCACCGGCAGCGUCGCCACGGGCAAGAAAGUCCAGGAGUUGGCCGCACGGUCCAACCUGAAGCGAGUCACCCUUGAGCUGGGCGGUAAGUCGCCCGCGGUGGUGUUCGAUGACUGCGAUUUGGAGAACGCAGUGACCUGGACGGUGCGAGCCCUCACGGCCAAUACAGGCCAGAUCUGUUACGCUGCCACUCGGGUUUAUGUGCAGGAAGGGAUCUAUGACAAGUUCAUCCAGCAGUACAAGCAGAGGUUACAGGCACUCACAGGGUCAAUCGGUGACCCGGAGCAGGAGAGCACCGCCAUCGGACCGGUAGUGGACGAGGCACAGUUCAACCGUGUCAACGGCUUUAUUGAGCGCGGACAGCAUGGCCAGGGCAAGCUCCUGGUCGGUGGCCGGCGGGUGGGCAAUAAGGGCUUCUUCAUCGAACCUACCGUCUUCACCGACGUCGACACCGCCUCGGAAAUCCAUUGCCAGGAGAUCUUCGGCCCUGUUUCGGUGGUCAAGUCGUUCAAGACGGAAGAGGAAGUCAUGGCCUUGUCGAACGACACCAACUUCGGUUUGAUGGCCGGCGUCUUCACCCAGGACAUCAACAGAGCACUCCGCAUUGCGUCCGACUUUGAAACCGGCAUGGUGGGUGUCAACUGCGUCAGUCUGAUGAUGCUGAACUCGCCGUUUGGCGGAACCAAGGAGAGCGGCAUCGGCCGUGAAUGCGGCAUCCAUGCGCUCCGGGCAUUUACUGAGACGAAGACCAUCAUGGUGAACUUGACAUAUUGA